CACACCAAACAAGAUCAGUUGUGCGCGGCGACUCUCCAGCGAUAGACGUGUUUCUUCGGAAAAGAAAACAAAAAGAAGUAAAAGCGGAAAACGGGGAAAAUUGUAUAGCGGUAAAGUGAAAAUAUAUUUAGGUCUUUUCUUAAAUAGUAUUUCUCAAAACUCACUCACUCACUCGCUCGUACUCCUCGUACACAUUAUGAAUUCUUAAAAGCAAAACAGAAGACAUACAUUCAUAGAUAAUAUAAGUAUUAAAGUGAUACGAGUAGACAACAACUUAGUUUUCUGUUUAAUUAAAUGCAACAAAACAAACAAAUUUAUAACAAAAAAAAAAAAAAAUAAAUUAGAAAUUAUUUGUAUUUAACAAAUAAAUUCAUUUAAAACACAAAGAAAAUAUCAAGCACAACUAUAGCAGGCAGCAACGUCCACGACCUUAUUAAUAAAAAUAUUUAAAUAUAAAAAAAAUAAAUACCAAACAAAAAAAUAUAAAGAAAAAGUGAAUCUUUUGGGAAUAUACAACAACAGAAACCAAAAAAAGAAAAAAAUAUUCAAAAAAAAUAUUCAAAUUGUGUGUAAGAGAGCGAGCAUUAGUGAGCACAAAUAAAGCUGGGAUUUAAAAGAAAAAAAUAAAUAAAAAAGAAAUCAAAUUAUAUCAAACCAAAUAAAAGUUGUUUGCGGCAAACAAACAAAUUCCAAAAGAAGCUGUUUACCUAGAAAUAUUCAUCUGUUGUAAAAAAUAAAUAAAUAAAUAAAAUUUAUUUAGUUUUAUACUAAAAUAAUAGCGAGCAACGUGAGAUAAUUAAAAGUGCAACAACAAAGUCAACACCGUCGAAGUAGCUAGUUACACAUAAAUAGUUCGUACGUCAGUCAGUCACUCACUCCACUUAGCAGCUAUAAAAUCUAGUUGAAGAUUUCGUUAACGCGACAUAAACUACUACUAAACAAGUUUUCUUUUGUGAGUUGGAUGAAAAAUACAAGAUCAUAACGGCUUCUCGAAUUUGUUAUUGUACAACAACAUUAUGACCCCAACAAAGACCAUCAUAAUAUGGAUGGUCAUAUUUGCAUAUAUGGGCUGGAACCAAAUUGGGGUCUUAGGUUUUCCAACUCUACACAAUUUUCGACGCCAGGUAGUAAAUUGGACACAGCCCCAAGAUGAAUGGGAAAUACUUUCCAUACCACGUAGCAUAACACCUCAUGUAGAGCUUAAAUACUAUGCCAAUCGCACAAAUGCCGAGCCAUCGGAAAGCGAUGACGAUGCUUUUCUCGAACGUCUAAGAAUACUCAAAAAUAAAACCUCUUCAGGACGAAUGUUGUGGUAUGGUGACAAUACACCCGAUGGCCUGGCCUAUCCACCAUUUGUAGAUAAAGCUUUAAAAUUGCUGAAUCUUAAGCAGGUUUCCUAUGAAAUAGAAAAUAGCCUGUUAUCUAAAGUAUCGUGUACAGCCUGUAAAGCGGGAGCAGGUCUACUGCUGCACUAUAUACACACGGGCAAGUCGGAGCAGGAAAUUAUUAAAAUGAUUUAUCAGUUUUGCGCCAACCUUAAUAUACAAAGUCCCCGGGUGUGUGAGGGUGUCUCCAGUUUGUUUGGCACUGAGGUGGUGUAUGUUUUGCAGCGCACUACUUUGAGUCCAGAUGAGAUUUGUAGUUUUGUAAUAGGCGAUGGUUGUGAAGACAUUUACAAUCCUUAUCAUGAAUGGGAAGUCAUAUUUCCACCAGUACCUAAACCGCCCGUACUUGAGCUAGCAGUGCCUAAAGAGGGAGCUCCUUUCUUUAAAGUUUUGCAUAUCUCAGACACUCAUUACGAUCCCCAUUAUGUCGAAGGUUCGAAUGCCGAUUGUAAUGAACCGCUAUGCUGUCGUCUGAGCAGUGGCCGGCCUUCUAGUCCGAAUGCAGCCGCAGGUAAAUGGGGUGAUUAUCGCAAGUGUGAUACUCCCAAAAGAACUGUAGACAAUAUGUUGUCUCACAUUGCCGAUACCCAUAAUGAUAUUGAUUAUAUAUUGUGGACGGGAGAUUUACCACCUCAUGAUGUUUGGAAUCAAACGAAACAAGAAAAUUUGGAAAUUAUUAAAGAAACGGUUAAACAAAUGACAGAAAAAUUCCCUGGUGUACCCAUCUUCCCGGCUUUGGGCAAUCAUGAAAGUGCUCCCGUCAACAGUUUUCCACCACCCUAUGUGAAUCAAGUUGAGAAUUCUAUAUCUUGGCUGUAUGAUGAAUUGGAUGUACAAUGGCGCAGAUGGUUGCCCCAAAGUGUUUCGCAUACCAUACGCAGAGGAGCCUUCUACUCGGUUUUAGUUAGACCUGGUUUUCGUAUUAUUUCUCUUAAUAUGAAUUAUUGUAAUAACAAGAACUGGUGGUUACUUUUGAAUUCCACUGAUCCGGCCACCGAGUUGCAAUGGUUCAUUUAUGAGCUUCAGAGCGCAGAAUUCUCCAAUGAAAAAGUUCAUGUUAUAGGCCACAUACCGCCCGGUCAUUCAGAUUGUUUAAAGGUAUGGUCUCGUAACUUUUACAAAAUCAUAUCACGCUAUGAAAACACAAUAAUGGCCCAGUUCUAUGGUCAUACUCAUUACGAUGAGUUUGAAAUGUUUUACGAUCCUAAUGAUUUAAGCCACUCAAAUAAUAUUGCCUAUAUUGGUCCUUCGGUGUCUCCCUAUUAUGACUUAAAUCCCGGUUAUCGAGUCUAUUAUGUGGAUGGUGAUCAUGACACCACUACUCGUCUAGUGGUUGAUCACGAAUCAUGGAUUAUGAAUUUGAAAGAGGCCAAUUUAUAUGAUUAUCCAAUUUGGUAUAAAUUGUAUACGGCAAGAGCUGCUUACAAUAUGAAAGCUUUAAGACCGGUGGACUGGGAUAAUCUGAUAAAUGAGUUGACGCAUAAUCAAGAGUUAUUUGAUUUGUAUUACAAAAAUUAUUGGAAAAACUCUCCGGUAAGGCCCACCUGUGAUUCAGAAUGUCGAAAGCGUAUAUUGUGCGAUGCCAAGAGUGGACGUUCACACGAUCGUCGCCACUUCUGCUCGGCACUGGAGGCCAAAGUGGACGAUGUAUCCGGCAAAUCGUGGAAAUCAUGGUUCUAUCGUGGUCUUACCAAUUCUGGGCUAAUUGCACUUGAUAUAUAUGACAACAAUCUGUACAACACUAAUGAGCACACGGUGGCGGAGGAACACAAAGGAAUCGAAACCUCAACAGAAUGGCAGGUGCCGGAUGUUAUUAUUUCUCAUGGCUAAUUAUCAAAAUUAAUUAUAUAUCUUAUGUAAAUAUAUAAAAAACAUGGUUAUGGCUUAUAAUUCUGUCAAUUAAAUGUAAAUAAAUUUAUGCAAAUUCAACAAUGUUUGCCUAUUUUCAAGAAUACAAA